CAGACAGACAGACAGACAGACAGACAGACGGACAGACGGACAGACAGACAGACAGACAGACAGACAGACAGACAGACAGACAGACAGACAGACAGACAGACAGACAGACAGACAGAUGAGGCUGAACAUUUGUUCGGUUUUCCUGCUACUGAUUGGCUGCGUCUGUCUGCAGAGAGUCGGCUGCCGUCUGCCAGACUUCACCCCUGUGUCUCCCCGGCUGCAGGUUGAUGUCUCCGAUGUCUUGACGUCUCUGCAGAAGAACAGACUCGGGCGUCUUCCUGGACUCUGUCGACGGCUGAAGAGACGCAGAGUCACCAUUCUGUGUAACAGGGAGAAGUUCUGUUGGCCGACUCUGUCUCAGAAGACUCGUCCUGUCCAUGUGUGUCUCUGCCCCCGCGGCUCCAUGUGUUCACAUUUCUUCGUCCAAAGUCUCUGAAACGAUCUCUCCAUCAUGAACACGUGACAAAUAAUGUGUAUUUACUGUAUAUAUAUAUAUAUAUAUAUAUAUAUAUAUAUAUAUAUAUAACCAGACUCCAUGUAAAUAAUCACUACUUUUAGUGUGUAUAGAGCAGCAUAUCUCCACCAGACUCCAUGUAAAUAAUCACUACUUUUAGUGUGUAUAGAGCAGCAUAUCUCCACAUGUAAAUGGGUGAAUUAAGAGUUUAUUCCAACCAGACCAGAGUGGUGAUUGGUGGAACAGUGGAAAGAUGAACCAAGACGGCUUUUGGUAGUUUUAUUUUGUUUCUGUCCACUUUGAAUGAAGUGUGUUUUACGCUGUUAUAAGCAGUGAUUAUUAUCAUGGAGUCUGGUGGGUUAGGGGAUGGGGAUUUCAGGGCUGUUUCAUGU